UCUGAACUAGUGCAGCCAGUUCAGCUAAAAAGAGCAGACCUAGUAAUACAAUACACAUAGUUCAGAACAGACUUACUGAGCGUAAAAAUAUUUGUCACAAGGAUGAAAGGAGUUUUUCGGAGCGCGCAAAAAUCGCGAUACUGUUCUCCACUUUCACGUGCUUCGAAAGUUAACAAAAAGAAUAGCAAUAUAUAUAACAAAUAUUUUUAAGUUGACUAUAGAUUUCGAAAAAUUUGUCGCAAUAUUAUGAGCCAAAUGUAUUCGUCGGAUUUGAAAAGCUGGCCGGUAUUCAGCCUGUUGACGCCGGAAUUUGUAUCGCAAAUUCACAUGGUAGUAGUGUAUGGUAACUUGGGCAAUGAGGCUUUAAUCGUGACGAAGGACAAGAUGGUAUAUGCCUUGGGUAAUAAUAUUGCUGGCUGUUUGGGGACUGGAGAUGCGCAUAGCACAUUGUAUCCCAAAAAAAUAGACGCUCUCUGCAGCAAAGAAAUAAAGACGUUCGCUUAUGGAAGCGGGCCUCAUGUCUUGGCACUUACAGAAAAAGGAGAGGUGUAUUCCUGGGGUCACAAUGGUUAUUGCGAAUUGGGAAACGGCACCUGCAACCAAGGUCUCACGCCCACCCUAGUAACCAUGCCUUCCGUAGGAGCAGUGGGCAGUUUGAACGUAAAAUGCAUCGUGGACAUAGCAUGCGGGAGUCAUCAUUCUCUCGCUCUCACUGAGGAUGGAGAAGUGUACGCCUGGGGGCAAAACAAUUGCGGACAAGUGGGCAACAGCAUCAGCACGAAUCAGGGCGCGCCGAGGCAAGUGAACUCCAGCCUGGUCGGAAAGAAGAUCGUCCACAUCGCCUGCGGCCAGACCUCGAGCAUGGCGCUCACCGACAACGGCGAGGUGUACGGCUGGGGCUACAACGGCGUCGGCCAGCUGGGGAUCGGCAAUUACGUGAACCAAGCGAAUCCGUGUCGCGUCGGCUCGCUGAUAGGCGUCGUGAUAGUCAAGGUAGCCUGCGGUUACGCGCACACCCUGGCACUCACUGACGAGGGGAAGCUUUACGUCUGGGGCGGGAACAGCUACGGGCAGCUGGGCAUCGGGAACAAGACAAACGCUUGUAAUCCAGUCACGCUGGACCGCGCAUUUGUGCAAGAGAUGGGAAGAGUGUCGGAUAUCGCCGCCCUACAUUACAAUCAUAUCAGCGUCGCCGUUGGCGAGGGUGGAUGCGUCUACAUGUGGGGUCAUUGCCGCGGUCAGAGCAUCACGACGCCAACCGCUACGCCGUUCUCCAGCAUACACGACGCACUCGCCUGCUACGCGUCGCCAAGCGUCAUGCACGAACCGCUCGUCUUGCAUACGGACGAAGAGUCGAGUAUCCUGGAGAGCUUGGGUGCUGCGUUUGACGAUGCCGAGACAAGCGAUCUCACAAUAGAAGUGAAAGGACAGCCCAUCUACGUGCACAAAGCUAUCCUGAAAAUCCGCUGUCCGUAUUUUAGAACCAUGUUUACGCCCAAUUGGACGGAAAAUAAUCAGAGUGUCAUCGAGCACGAUCAGUUUUCCUACGUGGUGUACAAAGCUUUUCUAAAAUACUUGUAUACCGGCGUGAUCGAUCUACCGGCUGAAAAAGCGUUAGAGCUUUUGGACCUGGCUAACGUGUACUGCGAGAGCAAUCUCAAGAGGCGCUGCAUUCAAAUGAUAAAGCAAGGGAUCACCAUAGCGAACGUGGCUUUUCUCUACAGUACCGCGAUCGAGUACAACGCGGAGGAGCUGGAGGAAUUCUGCUUCAGAUUCGCCCUGAAUCACAUGACGGCUGUUGCGCAAACGGAAAAUUUCGCCAAACUGGACGAGAACACGAUAAAAACUUUUAUAAUUAAGGCGGCCAAAGCCGGUGCUUUCCGGACGUGAUCCGACUGUUUGUCUUACAUUAAAGGUGAUACGCUUUGACGGAGGUAAGGGACGGCUCAUCGAAUUUAUACGUGCGCCAUGCGAGCACUCGCGGCGCGAAUUCCUAGUCGAAUCGAUCGACGAAAGACUUAUUCCAAGAAGACUCGUUUUCUGCAUUUCGCUAUUUGCGUUUCGUGUAAAUAAUAAAUGAAAUAAGCAGCCGCGUUGUUUUGCGGUUUCGCUUAGCGCAUCUUCGUAUACGAGAUUUCUCUCAUGACAUUCGUCGAUUCGCUUUAAUUGAAAAGGUGAUCCUGCGAGGUACCUGAUAUUACUUUUAGAAUUUGCAUAAGCAAUGAAAAACAAAAGACAACGUUAUUUAUUGAGACGCAAUCGAAGAGAAUAAACUCAGUCCGCGCUGCAGGCGAAUUGUUAUAAUUGCUGACAUAUCGAAUUUCUUCGACAGCUGUGAAAACUUUAUCCUUCCGCUUAUCAUUCCUGAUGCGCAGCGAUGCGUAUAACUUUUGCGCAUGAAUUGCGCCGAUAUUUUGUUUACCGUGAUCUAUAAUAAACAACCGAUAAGAUAUAUCCAGAUGUACAAUGUAUACUCGAAUAGCAAUAAAAUUUUCUAGCAUUGCCAAUA